CUUACAAAAUUUAUCAAUCAUUAAAAAUACCCGAAGGACUUAAAGAUGUACCAACAAUAAGUUAUUUUGGAUUUUUUAAAUAUAUGUUCUCUAAUGAUAGUCCUAACAAACGUUGGGAAGAUUCAUGA